GCGAUAAGAUGUCACGACGCGCGGCUCGCGGGACCGGUGCCACCGCCCUUCGUACAUGUCGCGCCCAGCGCCCUCGGUAGGCCGGCCCUACGUUGCGGCGCGAUCGGAGCAACCGGAGCAACCGGAGCAACGAAGGCGGAGCGCAGCGUAGCGCAACGCGACGUAACAUUGCGACGCGACGCGACGCAACGGAACGUAAACGUAACGGCGAUGCCCAUCCUCGAGCACUACUGCGCAUAUCGUGUAAAUCGUGUCUAUUAGGCGGAGAGACUCCAGACAUCGGUCGUCCAUCGUCUCGCUACUCUCGCUAGUGUACGCGGUCGCGUGUGUGUGUGUGUGUGUGUGUGUACGUGUGCUGAGAUAUAUACAUAUAUCUCCCUCUAUGCAUACGUGUGUGCGUGUGUGUACGUGAUGGUUCUGAUUCGGGGCUCUGGUACGCGCUCGAUGGUCGAGCAUCGUCGCGCACACAUCGCCGCACCUACGACGUCGGGCGGCGCCGCGAGAUCGGCGAGCGACAUCGCCGCCCAUUAUUAACGACGACGCGAUCGUUGCGUUUCCUCCCAUCGUCGUCGUCGUCAUCUCCGCCGCCUCCGCCUCCGCGAGGAAGGCACGGUAGCGGUCGACGGAAGCGGCCGGCGGACGCUGUCUGACCAGCGGUGUGGUGUCUCAGUGAUCAAUGAACUCUGGUUGACGCGUGUCGAGGCGUGCUGGCAGCGGAGCGCCCCAGCGACGGCCCGGCGGACAUGAUGACAUAAUAUAAACAUAUUGAUUGUCCCUCUUAAGAAAAUACGCAUUAAACGAUUGCUCCGUGAGGCAGAACAAAUGACAGUAUGAUGAAUGAUAUAGACAGUUUUGGUAUGAAGGGCGCCGGCUCGAAAAUGCCUCACAGUCAUUCGACGCCGGCUGGUGUGGACGGAGGUAGUAGGACACCUCCCGCAACACCGCGAAAAGCUGGAAAGAUGCUGGCAGUUCGUGUACAGAUGUUGGAUGAUUCUAUCACGAUGUUUCAAGUGCAGGCUAAGGCACUGGGUAAAGUGUUGUUCGAGCAAGUUUGUAAGCAAUUGCAUCUUUUAGAAGCGGAUUAUUUUGGUCUUGAAUAUCAAGAACCAAAUUUCACAAAAUAUUGGUUGGAUUUGGAGAAGCCAGUGUGCAGACAAGUUGGUUUGUCUCUUAUUGAUCCGCUACUGAGGUUCUGUGUUAAAUUUUAUACGCCAGAUCCUGCACAGCUUGAAGAGGAGUUUACACGAUAUUUAUUCUGUCAACAAAUCAAACGGGAUUUAGCUCAAGGUUUACUGCAAUGCAAUGAUAACACAGCAGCAUUGAUGGCUAGUUAUAUUGUUCAAGCGGAAUGUGGGGAUUAUGUGAUAGAAGAUUAUCCAGAUCAUACAUAUUUAUCAACAUUCAAAUUUGUGCCUCAUCAGGAUCAAGAGUUAGAACGACGUAUUAUGGAGAAUCACAAGAAACAUGCGGGUCAAUCUCCUGCGGAGGCAGAUCUCAAUCUCUUAGAAACAGCUCGACGUUGCGAAUUGUAUGGAAUGAAAAUGCAUCCAGCUAAGGAUCAUGAAAAUGUUCCACUAAAUCUCGCAGUGGCGCAUAUGGGCAUUGUAGUCUUUCAAAAUUAUACUAAGAUAAAUACAUUUAGUUGGGCCAAAAUCAGAAAAAUCAGUUUCAAACGAAAACGUUUUUUAAUCAAAUUACAUCCCGAGGGUUAUGGGUAUUAUAAGGAUACAGUCGAAUUUUUCUUUGAGGGACGUAAUGAGUGUAAAAACUUUUGGAAAAAGUGUGUAGAAAACCAUGGCUUCUUCCGUUGCUCUGUAGUUAAGAGAGUCGUAAGGCAGAAAACUAGAGUGCUUAGCCGUGGAUCGUCGUUUAGGUAUAGCGGCAAAACCCAGAAACAAAUUGUUGAAUUUGUUCGAGAUAAUUACGUGAAGAGGCAGACAUUUCAAAGGUCCAAUUCGUUCCGGCAGACUAGCGGUGGUAGGGCAUUGCAGGGCUCGGAGGGGGGAGGCUAUCGUGGGGCCACUCCAAGCAGCUCCCUUAUGGGCAGCUCCAGCAUCUCUGCCCACCCCCUCCUGCCCCUCGGCGAUCCUGCCCUGGCAACCCCAGCUCUGUCUCUGUCAUGCGGUUCGAUGACACUGGAUUCUCCGACGACUGUGACGAGUGCCUCGAUGGGAGGGACGAUUCACCGUCGAGAAGACACAGCUACAUCGUUUCGGACGCUUACCUCUAUCGACGUCCAUUCGCCAGCCACCCCCAGCCAGGUCCCAGCACAGCGGCAGACACAUGCUACCAACCAGCAACGGAUUUCAUCAACAGGUCGUAUCAGCCCCUCUAACAGCAGUCCCCCAGAAUUCCCACCACCACGACCUCUGCCCAGAUACCCUUGGCAACGGUCGGCUAGUUGUCGCGAGUUGUACGCUUCUAGUUUCGAGGACUCCGGUAAGGCGCGGCCGCGGGACGACAAGGUUGCCGCAGACCUUCCGUUAGAUCCAUUUCAAUUAGCCUCCCAGGGUGAGCUAGAUAACCCCGUAACACGUUACGACGAGAGUAAUCGUUCGUAUAGCGCCGCUAGUUCGAAAUUACCUUCCCUAGAUCACGAUUCUGUCCCCGAGCGUGUCUACAGCAGUUCCUACCCGGGAACGUCGUCGUUGUCUACCGAAUCGGGCCAUGAGGAAUCGGGUCCCGCUGGAGAUCUGUCGCACGACGAUCUCUCACACGAUUCUUACGAGCUUUUAGAACGCGAGCAUGAAUUCGAAUAUCCGGAAUCGUAUUCUAGUCCGCAUGACGAGCACGAACCAAUAUCCGAUCAGAGCGACGAGGGAAUCGAGCACGAGAUGUUCCAAAUGGACUCGGAAACCGAUUCCUUCGUCAAGCACAGAUCGUUAAAACCUUCGGAGAAACAACAAUACAGAUCCGCGUUCACUGAUCUCAAGAACUCUAAAACUAAGUCCAUCGAUCGGUACUCAGCUGUAUCCAAGGCGAACGACGAUUUUGUGAUCACCGAAUCUAGGAUACAACGAACGGGCACUCAGAUAGAACGCAAGUUUGAAACGAGACACGCCAAUUCCAUGGAACAACCGUCUAAGACGGCUAUUCCGCAUCAGGACUCCGCCAGAAAAGAUCCCGUGGUGAUGCAGGUGCAGAAGCAAAAAGUUUCUGUCCUGAAUGAGUUAAAGAAUUUAAAGCCAAAGUACAAGAUCACUCACGUAGACUCGGAGGUCUUGCGAGACGAGGGUAUUAUGCGUCCGAAAUCGCGAAUAGACGACGAUCUAAGCCCGGUUGACGGAAACAAAACGGUAGAUUAUAACGCGAAAGGUAAGACGACCAGGGCGCGCAGUAUCGCCAGCUUAGACGAUCAUCCGCGGUUGUACGUCGAGACGGGUAGUCUAGGUCGGGGGCAUAAGUCUAGAGAUAGGAAAUCGAGAGAUUCUGACGUCAAGGUCGAGAAAGUCUUGUCGAAGGAGCGUAGAAGCGUCGAGAGGGAGGAGCGAAAGCGGGAUUACUCGAGGCGAAUAGACAAGAGCGAUUCGCGAGAACGUCGUUCGGUGGAUCGGCUCGAUUCGCGCGAACGGAGAUCGGACAGUCACGGCCGUCGCAGUAUAGACCGGAUCGAUAUGCGCGAGCUACGUAGAAGCAUCGAGCGGCUCGACGUGCGCGAGAGGAGUUACGAGCAUCUAGACUCGAGAGAGAAGAGUGCCUUUUAUUACAAUGAUUUCUAUGAAUCGCGCGGUAAGAGCGUCGAUCGUUUAGACUCUCAAGGGCUGCGCAGCAGCAUGGAGCAUCUAAAGAGUCCCAAGGAGAGGAGCAAUCAUCGGCAUUCGGAGCGCCGGGAGAGGAGUAUCGAGCGGAUCGAUUCUCGGGAAGCGAGGAAGAACAGAGCCGCAUCUAUCGACUACGAUCGGCAUAUUUUAGAACGAUACGAUUCCGACAACAGAAGUCCGUUCGAGCGGUUGACUCCGAAAGAACAACGAAGGAUGAGCGUGGACAGACUCGAUUCUCAAAAGUUCGACUUCGAUCCGCGAGCGAUCGAACGUUUGAAAUUCUUGGAGCGCUAUGAACAAAGGGAACGAACUCAUGAGAGAAAGAUCGAAUCGAGGAGCGCCGAGCGUAAGAGCCUGGAGAAACUGGACUCGCGUGAGCGAAAAUACUUGGGACGUUUGGAGUCGCGGGAGGGAAGGAGUCUCGAGUGCCUGGACUUUGACAGCGUAGAACGUAGAAAGAAUAUCGAGAGAAUGGAGCAUAAGGAUCAGAAGAAGAGUAGAAGCAAGUCCGAGAAAGCCAAGUCGGAAGAGAAACCGCGGGAACGCGACGACUGGAGAAGUUUGGAGAAAGCGCGAAAGGAUGACGAGAGACGGGAGCGCGAACGACAGGCGAAAUUGUCUAUCGAAUCCCGUACAGAAACAGUUAUCGGCGUCCCGCACGAGAUGGAGAAUUUGAAAUCGAAAACCGUAUUCUCCGAGUACGAGCCGAAGGUUGUUGGCGGCGUUGUGCUGGGUUUCGAGGAGACCGCGUUGCCCGGACACGUGCCGGUGGAGCGUACGAAGAGCGAUCCGAAUCCGGCGCGGCAGAGACUGGGAUCCAACAGCAAGCGGCACAUACUGAUGCAUCAGAAAUCCAUAGAUCUGACACCAGCCGACUCCGGCGAUGAGGAACCGUUCUCGGACAGUGCGGCGAUGCAAAAAACCAAUGUCGAUAUCCCGUACACGUUGCACAAAAGGCACGUCAUGAACGGCACGGCGUCCGACGAAAAAUCCGAGUCGGAUAGCAGCAAAACUUCGAAGAAUGUCAAGAGUCUCGCCAAGGAUUUACCGAAGUUACCGCUAAAGAUGGUAACAGAUCUCCCGUACUUCGAUCUGACCAAGCUUUCUUCGAUAGACAAGGCCGGUAAUAAACUAUCUCCGGAUAAAUCGAAGAGCGGCGCGGUUACCGCCGCAAGACCGAAAUCGAUAUUAAGCCCUUCGGAUAAGCCGAGAAGUAUUCUGAGUCCAACAUCGAAACUCUCACCCACUGAUCUGAAGAGCAUCGUUUGCAGUUUGUCGCCUAUUAAGAAGAGCCCCUCGAAAACGAAGACCCAUUCUCCUGAGAAAUUUUCGCCAAAGGGCGGCUCGUUAGAUAGGAACAGAGCCGAAGUUAUCAUCGAGGAUUACACGUGCAAGAAGUCAUCGAGUUUGGACAAGAAACCUUCGAAAUUGUCGCCAGUGGAGCCGAAUGUCACCAUUAUCUCGGCCAUCGAAAAACGCUCGCCUAAAAAAUCGCCGACUGAUUCUAGCGUGACUAUCGUCUCUGUGAUACAGAAGAAGAAAUCUGUCGACGGAGCGCCCAGAAGUCCCACUAAUGUUGCGAAAACAGCGGACGCUAAAAUAAAAGCUGCCCUGAAUUUUGCCGAUAUCGUUGGCAUGGAAAUGAAGCAGAAUUUAGAACGCAAGGCAAAAAUAGAGAUAGAUAGUCUAAAAGCACCGGACGAUAGUUUAGAGAAGCAAGAUAGCAUUGAGACGAUACCAUUACCUGAAAUUCCUCCUAGCGGACAGGCUGAAGAGAGAACGAUAGGUGACCAAAUCAGAAACGUCGAACAGACGGUGAAGGAACGGGACCGUUCCCCGAAACGAGCCGUCGACGAGUUGUCGGACGAUGAUCAAAAGAGAGAGAACGUACAGUCUGUAAUAGCUCAAGUUCACAUACCGGCUACAAUGGAAAUCAAAUCAGAGAAACCACCGAUUCCGGAAAAACCAAAGACGUUAGAGAAGCCAAGUAUUCCCGAAAAAACGAAACGUAUUUUAGAGAGAAUAGAAUCGAAAUUUUCGGAAGUUAAUAAAAAUUCCGCCACAAGGAUAUCGAGGCCGAAGAUCAUUGAUACAGGAUUUGAUGAUUUCGUGGAUCCAGUCGCCGAUUUGCCUUUGGACGAAGUGCCUGUGAAACCUACUUUAGAAUUGGAUAGUCUUAAAGUUCCUGAGUUCGUUCCUUUCCUGCUGAGACCGCACGCGGAACCGAUAAGAUCGAAGUCUUUAUCGCUGGCGGAAGAGAAGGCUCCGAUCGAUACCUUGCUCUCACCGGAAGUCGAGAAUAAACACUUCGUGCAAGAUGUCUCUCCGAAGAGGGUGAAGAAGGUGAAGUCCGAGCCGAAAAAAGAUUUCAAAAAACAAUCAAAAUCAUUAGAGGGCGACAAACCACCGUUAAAAAAGAGCGCAUCGAAGGAGUCACGUUCGCCAUCGGCGAGUACAAAAAUUGACAAAUCCAAAUUAAAGCUCGGCGAGAUGCCACAGGAGAUCAUAAUAAUAGAUUCGACUGAUGUGGCGCCGGAAAUAAGCAUUGUACAGAAGGGCAGAUCGAAAUCUGUAACCAGAUUGCCCGACAAACCGUUUUCAACGUCGAAGGAUGAGAAGGAAGAAAUGAAGAGUACUCGCGCGAAAUCCGCAUCCGUCGACGACGAGCUAAUUAAAGGCGCGAUAAAGUCCGAGAAGUCAAGACCGAAGUCGUUGGGAAUCUCGAAAAGCUUGGGAAGUACGGAGAAGAAAGAUUCAGUAGAGAAAAUCUCACCGAAAAGACUCAAAGCUGCCGCCAAAGCAGCCGUCGAAGGCAAAUCUGCUGCGGCUAAGGACGCAGCGUCGAAACAGGACUCGAAAACGGUACGCGGAAAAGUGGCCUUGAAAGUGGAGGCGACUAGUGAUGAAACUGCUGCUGAAUCGAAGCAGCCUAAACAGGAAAAGGAAAAGCCGUGUGUUAAACCUGACGUGGUGAUUGAUCAGCCAGUGGAUACUAAACGAGCCGUAACAGUCGACGAGUCCAAGGGAGCAGUCAAGGAAUCAGGCAAAGAGUCAGGUAAAGAGCCAGGCAAGGAACCAACGAAGGACAGCGUAAAGAAAACGGCACUUGCUCAGGAUUUAACCGAAUCUCCCUUGGUCUUACGUAAACCGGGACAGACGCCGAUACUGUUCGCUCGCGCGCGUCUUGGUCUUUCAGAAGGUAGCGGAAUUGGCGCUCUUCAGCGUCAAGGUGCGACGCAGUCGCCUACUGCUCAGCGGCGCGCGAAAUCUCUGGACGCCGCGGUGAUCUCCGUGCACAGACUACCACCGGCGAAUGCGUUCUCCAGCAAGGAUGACACAGUGGACGUGUCGGAGACAUUGGAGGAUCAAGAGAACGCCGCCGAAGAAGCUGCUCAAGGCGCGAGCACGGUAUCGAAGGUGCUUUCGAUUCAGAUGGAGGCCUCCCCGAAUCACAAAUCCGACAGUACCGAUCACACGACCAUACCGGAGAUAUGCACGGAUUCUCUGUCCGUUACCGAAACCUCGGGACAGUAUCUAGAGUCGCCGCUGACAGAAUGUAACGAGAUUGUCCCUGGCGCCGAUUCGAUAGCCUACGAACAGGGACAAGAGAAUGGCCGAAUUCCGUUUGUGAGUUCCAUUAACGAAACGCAAACGCCGAAAGUCACGGAGAGCGCUAAAAUAGAAGAAACGACAAAAUUCAUUGAUCAAAGUUCUACAGAUUCCGGUGCUGAGCAGGAAGUUUCUAAGGAGAGUUUCGAUGCGAACGCUGGUACGUCAAGAGAUGCUCAGUUGGAUCAAGAUCAAUCGGCAGUCUCUACGAUUUUCGUGAAGAGCGCUAGCACAGAAGUCGUCUGUAAACAGAAACAGACAGAAUCGCCGAGCGAAGUUUCCGAUAGCGAAACUGCAUCAACGAAAUCUCCUUCUCGCCCACAUGAUUUUCGUGUCGAUGGUUCGAGAAGUCCGUCUGAGAGAGAUGAUGUGCCUGACGUAACCAUAAGCGCGGCUCGAGAGAAUGACAUGUUCUUCUUGCAUUGUUACGAUCAGGACGAUCCUCCAGAUAUGGUCAAGUCGCCGAUACAAAUAUCCAUCGAAGAAUGUUCCGACGACGACGUGAAUCCGGAGGAGGAAGAGGAAGAGAUAGCGGAAGUGCGAGUGGAAAUCGACGAGCGAGACGAAGAGGAAAGCCACAAGCGGCUGGAUUCCCUCGAUACGAGCGAGGAUACUCUCGACGCGCUCGAUACGCAAGUACAGACGCGAGGCGUGGACAGCGAAUUAAGUUCACCGGACUACGGUGUCGAUAAGAUGGACGAGAAGACGUUGGUCGAAGUCGAGUUGACGCCGGAAUAUCUAGAGAUGAAAAGAGAAGAUGAAGAAACGGCGGAAGAAUUGCCGGAAGAUGAACCGGCCAGAGAGGCUGCGGAAAUCGCGGACAGCAAUCGUCUCUCCAUCGAUAGGAAACUUAGACUAAGCACCGAACGCUCGAGAAGUGAGGAAACCAACACCUGGACACCGGACAGAGAAGACCCGGACUCCAGUUCGUGUUCCAUCGCCCGGCCGCUAGGGAUCGGCCAGAUACAACCCAUAAUAGACCGUCGGGAGAUCGCCAUGAUGGAAGGCGCCCGAGACAGCGGUUCUAUGGACGACGACAACAGCAGUGGCUCGCAACAUCCUCCGAAGCAGGAAAUGAGCGUCACGUGGAAAUCAUUCCCACAAGGAAGCUCCGGUAGUUCUAGUCUCGAGGACGGUUGGGUGCCUCAGGACGAGAACAACGUGCAGCGUGAAUCGCAGUCUGAAGACAGCAACGGUCAGAACGAAGACAGUUACCAAGAGGACUUAGCGGACUUUCCUGGCACCUUUAUCAUUGGUCCCGAAAUAUUAGCUAACUACGGCGCAUUUUCGCUUUCGCGCACGUUGUCGAGAAUAUCCGAACGAUCGACAACGUCGGAACAAGACAGAAGCGACUUGGAGGAUUCGUUUAAGCCCAGCUCAAGGUCACCGAGCCUCGACGACGAGUCUUUGAUGUCGAGCGAUCAUCAGCCGUCUCUAUCAUCGGAUCCUCCGUCCGGUACGGCGUUACCAUCCGUUUCCGACGAUCGCAGGACCUCUUCCGAGCUACCAGACAUCCCCAUCGACGUGGUCGGCGCGCACGAAGAUGACACGAAGUCGCCGCGAACGACCAGGCGUUCGCGAUUGCAAUUGCAAAGUUCCGAGGACUGGCCGUCGCCGCCCAGUUCACCCGUUUUUGAAACACCGAUAGUGAGUCACGUGGAAACAUUCUACAUGGAAAUUAAACCGGAGGAAGCCGUCAAGGUGACCGUUACGGACAGCACGGACACGCCCGUCCAUGCGGACCAAAACAGCGACUCCAGCGACGAGAACAGGACGCUGCACGACGAUCUGCAUUCGACCCUUUUGGAGGACGGGCAAAGCUCGACGUCCGCAACGACGGCCGACGGCACGGUCAAGAUCGCAGUAAAACCGAAGUCGAAUUCGUACAUAACCGGCUCGUCACACAGUGAAGACACGUCGAUGGGCCUGUCUAUGUCCGAGUGGUCCAGCUCGAAUAACACCGUGCGCCAGUUUUGCCAGUACUCCGGCACAAAGUCUGACGAUAAUUCGCUGGCGGAGCUUGGCGCCUCAAUCUCGGACUGGUCGGGUAGUACGACGGUGAUACCGCAACAGUACUACGCCACGACGGCUGCGGACAAGAGUCAGAGCGACACCACGACGUCCGAGAGGAGCGCGACCAGCAUGAGACCGAACUCCAAGUGCCAGUCAGCUGACACUUCUUCCCUUCCGUCUCCGCCGUCCCCGUCUUCGCUGCCGUUACCCAUGUCGCCACCACUGCCUUCUCCGCCCGCGACAGCUACCGCCUUGUUUCUUCACGAGGACGAAGCCGCCGGUUCCGCGAUCGAACAGCACGAGACUUUGCAGACCGAGACGCCCGUCAAGGAUGACGACGACCUACGUCAAUCUCGAACGCAGGAUGACGAGUUCGAUGAGGCGCGGCGAUUUAUCGAGAACCAGUUUGACGAGCACCAUCGCCUACGCCGAUACGACGACGAGCAGCAAGGGGCUUAUCCCCAGGAAUUCACCGAAAUCUCGCCGCCUCGUAUCACUCUUCGAAACGAGUACGACGAGGCCAUCGACGACGACGACUUCCAAAUGGUCCCGGAUGAGGAUACACUCUGCGUUGACGACACGGCGUUGCCGAUCCCCGAGGAGGACGAGGAGGAUCAGUUGUACGAUAACGUGCCCGCAAUGAAGUAUUCCAGUAGCGACAAAGUGCGGAUGGAGGUUCGCCGCGGGGACAGUUCAGAAGAUAUGCACGAGAAGUACGCCGAUCUAACCCUACAAGCGCGAGUAGCGGACGACGAUUGGUUGUCCGAGGAACGAAGAGACGUCCCGGAACGGGAGAAACCGUCGACGAGGUCGCCGAGCAAGUUUGAUCGCGGCUUCUCGGAGCCGAGUCCGCACGAGGCGGGCAGACAUCAGGGCACGCGGUCCACCGUGCGGCCCGUAAUGGUGCCGAUCCGAGCGAAGUCGACCCCGUACUACUCCACGACGAGUCUGAGCGGCGAGUCGACCACGUCGAGCCCGCCUAUGCCGAUCAGAACGCAGAUCAGAACAAAGACGAUGCCUUCCUCGUCCAACCGCAGCCCGCAGAGCGAGGGCGACACGUCCUCGAGCAUGGACAGCCCGGCGCACACGCCCGAUCGGGGUCAGCGGGCCUUCCGCCGGAAGCGACAGCAGAACGCCAAGAGGCGACACCGCGUGGUAGUCGAUCUCGAGGUCAAGGACGGCCACAUAGUGUCUAGCACCGAUUCCAGCUUCGACGUGGCGAACAUUCCGCCGCCGCUGCUGAUGGAGGGCCAGAGUCUGGACGUGGAGGACGACGAGGACGACGAGAUGUCCGAGACGAAGGACGAGCGUCGGCGGCAGCAGCGUUGACGCAGCGUCGACGAGUGACGCUAAGUAUAGAAUUGAACGCGAUCGAUUGCGCUCACCCGGGCUCAAACUAGCAGGAUUUGCAAAGUUCGUGUGGAAUUGAACGCACCUUAGAAUUGACAGACUUCGUAGUCGUGCGUUGGCACUCUUGACUAUCACGCAAACCAAGAUCAAAUGAGAAACGGAUCUCGCGAAUGAAUCAACGACUUAGCCUAGCCUUCCGCGAUCUUGAUGACGACGAUUCAACGACCACGACUUGCCCGGCAAUAUAUCGCGCCGAGUGGCAAUCGUGAAUCGGGAGUUAUACGGGUAUGAACGACGACGAGGGUACCAACGGCGACGAAAACUGGACAGACGAGACAAAGAGGACGUCCGUCGUUCCGGGCUGGAACGCCCGAGGCUGAAUGAUCAAAAGCUGCGCAAAGAAUGUAGCAUAAUUAUCGUUAAGGAUACAGAUACGGUUUGUUACGCGUUUUAGAGACCCGGUUUACUUUGAUAUUACGAUAGAACCCCUCUGGUCCCCAUCCCCUCGUAGAGAUGAAUAUAUUUUAGCGAGUAAUAUUCAUGCAUAACACACGGGAAGCGAGGAGUAUCUUAACUUAUCGCGAUCGACGUGCCCGCGCGCGACUCGGAGAACGACAACCAUUACGCGCGACACGUUGUAUCCUAAUAAUUAAUAAUGUUAAUAAGGCAUAGAGAUCGAAGAAGCGACGUAGGAUUUUCGAAGAUAAUUGUGACUCAAGGAAGAGCCGCGUCAUCGCGAUUAUCAUUUUUAACCCUUUAAUCAGCCCGUACCCUCGUUUCGUUUCUCGCACGAAAUACAUACCUUCAACAUUGCUAAGGGAAAUUGUGCGAGUAUUUUGAACGAAUAACGUAACAUUCUUUUCUCCUACAAAAUUCAACGUAGCUUUGUUAUACAAUUAUAACUAGCACGGCAACGUAAUAAUCGUGCAACACGGUACAACAACGUUAAAGGGUUAAAAUAGCGCUAAAUCACGGCGUCGCAAAUGUACGACGUUUUACACGGUCGCGCAACCUUGAAUUCAUCCAGGAUCCAGGACAAUCAAUCGCGAGCGGCGGGUCGCUCAAGAUGGCGAUCCCCUCGAGAGGGAAACGAGGGAAACGAAACGCGGAAUUACGUAAGGUCGUUCGGGGCCGAUUGUUUCCAUUGUUCGAAUUGAAUUCCGAACAGCAACGACAACGCGGAUCCCUAUAUGGGCUAUAUGAUUUCGCCGCGGUUUGCUUCGCGCACGCGAAUUAGAAAGGAGGAGUAAAAGUUGCUCAACGUAGAUACGUAAAACGUGGUGCACCGCGCUUCUAAUGACAGGUGCAUCCCCUGAUAUAUCUUCCGCGUAUGGAAUUACCCUCGACGAAGGAGAGGAGCACCUGUUACUCGUUAAUAGACGUUGGCUCUAUGGACCAACCGAGUAGUAGUCGCUAAGCUCUCUGAUUUUAAGUGGGAACCUUAAGCGUCGUCUAAUCAUUAAUCCGCGAGACUUAUUCGCCUAGCGACAAACACAUCCGCGAGAUCAGGCCGGGAGAUCUAUGCCCCGCAUUAAGAUUGUUACUGGGCGACUUGUUAUUUACCGCCGAUACUUAUUGCGAGAGGAAGAUCGCAGGUAGAAACGCGUUUCGGCUGUUUUCGGAGGAGUUUGAUUCUUCCUGUUUUUCUUUCUCUUCUUUUCCUUCGCUCGUUCAGUAAAAUUUCUAUUUGAAGCUAAUACGACUGGUACACGUGUAUACUUUUAUCGCUCGCAAUUAUUCGUUACCCGUAGAUCGGUGGUUUUGAGAACGAAACAGAGAAAGAGAGAGAGAGAGAGAAAGAUCGGCUUUAUAGCGGGCAAAUUCACGGGAGAAGGAGGCUGCCUCCCGAUGAAAGAAACGUGCGGUUUGAAAAACUUUAGGAAGGAGUCCGACUCGAGCGAAGCAAUAGAAAGUCCCAUUUGGAUUUCUCAUUGGCUUGUAUUGUGCCUAGUUUUUUAUACCAUGUUCGUCGUGUGCGCAAUUUAGUACGAAGCGAACAAAUUCGACGCGUUUUAUGCGCGCACGUGCGCGUGCGUAUUUUUAAAUAGGUAAAAUUUACGUAAGCGUACCGAGUUGUACGAUUGAGAGAACGAGUAACGCCUGUUACCGAGUGCACACGAUGUGUUUCCGGGAUAACGAUUUCACAGUUGCAAAUUUACAAUUGAGCGCGGCAUCGUCAGAAGCGCGACUUUGCUUAUUUUUCUCGGGUCGAUGUAAGAAAUCCUCGAAUCGCGGUUGCUGCCGUCUUAACUUUACGUAGUAAAGUUGUCGACGCCCUUGUUUGCUGUUUAGUACUUUCAUAUAUUCUAUAUUUUAAUUUAGAUCUUUAUAGUUUAAUUUAAAUCUCUAUAUUUUAUACAAGUUAGUUUUUAUAUCGAAUACAAUUUCUCUUGCGUUUCAUAGGUGCAUAUUUAUUAAACGAAAUAUCGAGUUACGAAUCUUUAAAAUGUUAGGUGCAAUACUUACAGAGGUGUCACAUCUUAAAGAUGAAAAUAGGUAAAAAUAGAUCAAAUGGAACAGCAGGAUUGAUACUUAAUUAAUACGGAACUAAUUAGCUUUCCCGUUAUAGAGCGCGAUUAUUUAAAUGGCUAGAACAUUAGUUUAAUUUCAAAGGCUUGUUAAAGUAUACCUGGAAAGAAGUAUCUUUGGAUAGAUUCCCGGUAAAUGCAAUUAAUUGCAGCAAUAAUUCGUCAAUAAUUCGGGAAUCGCAGCAUUCCUAAUAACGAGGCGAGAUCGUUAUCUGUAUUGUCGGUAUAUCGGGGAUUCUCGCAAUACAUAUCGUCGUUAUUAUACACGGAUACAUUAAAAUCGUUACUCGAUGAUCGUGUAUUACGACGAGAGGGAUACACAGCGGGAAAGAUACGCGUGACGCAAAGAGAUGACUGCUGAGUGCCGAUAAACGAUGGCAUGCCGUUAUCUUGUUUGACGAAACUCUCUCAGUUUUGAUAUCCGCGCACGUUCCGAGCCAUAAGCUUAAAUUCGAACGAAAGAUUUACUUCAAGGAUUACGUAAGGGUCAUCAUACCGUUGGAUUUUCUGAUUACACCCUGUACAUGCCGUAGUUCGAGCUAGGAAUGACAGUUAUCCCGGGAUUGCCCGAAGCGAGAACCGUCGGAAUGGCUGUUGCCGAAUCAUCCGAAUAGGUCGCGGUUCCGGCAAUUCCAGGAUGGUCCUGAUUUUGGAGCGGCACACAGAAAUAUGUAAUGGACGGCUUAUCUGACCGCGAACGAGAAAAGUAGAUCUCCGGGAAGAUUUGUCUGUAAAUAUAUCUCUAUUUGGAAAAGAGCUUCCCGCGAUUCACCUUCGAGAGUCGUGAUCCGAAGAUCGAAGAUUCUUUUUUUCCCCCGUUAUCUGUGCCCAAAUGAUUCACAACGGCACAUCUUUUUCUUUGUCUGGUUUUCUCGAUCUUACAGCGAUAUCCAGAUGAAUUUAUUUAAAAUUCACUUGAAACGCAUCGGCGUAUGUAAAUUAAUGAAGCAGACAGAACCUUCGACGCGAACAUUAGGACGCUAACUUGAAACUCGCAUCGAUAAUUUAACGAUUAUGGUCGUUAUAUGAAUGUGCAAGGUAGAAUUUUGAGCACCUUUUUUGAUAAAUUUACCGAAGUCAUAAGAAGCAGAAUUUUUGAGAAGUCACGACGCAGAAGUCACGAACGACGAACGGUUAACAUACGAGUCAUCUCUUCGAAAUAUACUCGGUGCAGAGGUCAUACUCGCCACAUUGGUCUAGUUACGUUAAUGUCUAUAGUAGCACGGCCUGGGCGAUUAGUCGAACAAAACCCUUUGAUGCGUGAUUAGUAUCACUUGAUUAGUAUCACAUGUCCCCAUUUGUGUAUGAGUAUCUCUACUCGACGGCGAAUUCGAUCGGGAACGCACGAAUGCUAUCAAACCGCAGGAAACACGGCGCAAGUUUGCCGUUUCAUUACGAAAAGGAAACAAUGUAACGUCACUUUUCCAUCAGUUCAGUUUACUCGAUCAGAAGCACUGUCUUUCUCUUUCUCUCUCUCUUCGCAACCUUUUCCAUUUAUUUGCGGUUUACUCCAUCGAAUUCGCCACGAGACUCAUGAUUUUGGUACGUCCUUUCCGUCUCUUGACUCCUGCAUCUGUGCAUCGUCAGAUUCGGUCCUGUUAUCAUGUGAUAUCGCACUUAGAGCGAUAUUCAUAAUCUGAUCUUAAUUAAAGAUCGUCUUAAGUAUUUUAAGAUAGUAUACGGUCGUUCCAUUGGCUGAAUGGAAUCUUCAGACUGUCUAAGACCAGACUUAAGACGAUCUUAAAUAUAAAAUCGGACUAUAAAUAUCAUCCCCUAGAGAUCCUCUAAUCAGAGUCUGAACUUAAGAGCUACUAUUUACAAUUGUUAUUUCUCUGUCAUGUUUCUUCAACUCGCAUUUUCGACUUUUAAAAUUCCUAUUUUUGUUAAACAUAACGAAUAAGUUCAUAUUUCAAAAAGGUUUUAUUAAGAUUUAAUUUCUCUUAAUGCUAUAAAACGAUAUAGUGUCUUUAUAAUAAUGCUUGCACACGUAUAAAAAAAAUGAAUAAAAAAAGAAAAAUUUUUCCAAUAAAUUCCAUGUAUAAAUGAUACAUAAUUUCAUACAAAUUAUAAUUUUAUCAUAAUAAAGCUAAUUAAUAUCUAGUACGAAUUUACAAUCAAAUUUUAUAUUCAAGCAAGUGAUCAGUUGCAGUUUAUGAGAUACCUUUAUAGUGUAAUCUAUAUAACUGUACAAUUUAAUCCACAUGUCAAAUUAUCAAUUUAUUUAGAUUUA